AUGAUAAUUUUCUCAUUAAACUUGAGAAGAGGAGGUAGUCGGGCCAAGAGAAAGAGAGUUGGUUACCACAUACAAAGAGGGGAUGUAGAUAUUUGCUUUAUUCAAGAAACUAAGUUGAGUGGCAUUGACACAAACUUGGUCAAAGACAUGUGGGGUGGUGAUCAAGUUGAAUGGUCUUACUUAGAUGCUUACGGGGCUUCGGGAGGCAUUCUCACAAUAUGGAAAAAAAAGACUUGUUCUCUCUCAAUUAUAGCUUUAGAGGAAAGGGGAGGAGACUUCAAUUCAAUCUCUUCCUUUGAAGAAAGAAUUGGAGUUUCAAACCGUAGCUAUAGAAGGGAGAUAAAUAUCUUCAAUGAAUUCAUAGAGGAUAUGGAUUUGGUGGACCUUCCUACGAUUGGUGGCAAGUUUACUUGGAUUAAUAGUAAUGGAAAGACAAUGAGUCAGAUAGAUAGAUUCCUUCUAUUGGAAAGCUUCAUCGAAGAUUGGAAGGUGGAUAGUCAAUAUAUAGGUGAGAGGGAUGUGUCCGAUCAUGCACCGAUUUGGUUGAAAGAUAAUAGAAAGGAUUGGGGGCCUAAACCUUUUAAGUUCAAUAACAUGUGGUUCAAGCAUGAGGAGUUUGAUAGUUUUGUGGAAGAGGAGUGGAAUAAGAUACAAGUCAAAGGGAGAGGAGAUUAUUGCUUGGUUGAAAAGUUGAAAACUCUUAAGAAUCGGAUCUCUUGA